GGCUGCUGGGCCGCCUCGCCGGCCGCGCUGGGCGCCCAGCUGGCGCGUCUGCGCGCCGCCCGCAGCGUGGUGGCCAGCGCCAAAGAAGCGCGCGACGAGACGGGCCACGUGCAGCGGGAGCGGCUGGUCGCCACUCACACGGACAGUGACGGCACCAAGUACCAGUACUGCGUGGAGCGCGAGGAGGUCAAGGAAGAGCACGGCAUCCACGUGGCGUCCUGGCGCUGGACGGAGGUGCAGACCUACUACGCCAUCACGCUGUUCAUCGUCAUCGCCGGCCUGGCCAAGCUAGGCUUUCAUCAUGCGCACUUUCUGUCAUCUAAAUUACCAGAAUCAUGCCUGCUCAUCAUCCUGGGCAUCUUCGUCGGCAUCAUCACGUACCACAUCCGUCACCGGCUCGACGGGGAGACGUUCCCGGCCAUCGCCUUCGUCAACACCUCAGUACGGGUGCUCGACUGUGAGGACGAGUUCGCCGGCUUCUUCCCCAAGUUCGACUCGGAGCUGUUCUUCCUGGUGCUGCUGCCGCCGAUCGUGCUGGAGGCCUCCUACUCGCUGCACGACCGCACCUUCCUUGACAACCUCGGCACCGUCCUGCUCUUCGCCGUCGUGGGCACGCUGUUCAACAUGUUCAUCAUCGGCCCGGCGCUGUACGGCCUGGCCGUCUCCGGUGCCAUGGGCUCGAGCAUGCUGUACGGAGGCGAUGCCGUCAACGCCACCGAAGGGGUCUACGACAUCUCCAACGUCAGUUUGGUGCAGAUGCUGACCUUCUCGUCGCUGAUCGUGGCGGUGGAUCCUGUGGCCGUGCUGGCCAUCUUCCAGGAGGUCGGCGUCAACAAGGACCUCUACUUCCUCGUGUUCGGGGAGAGUCUGCUAAACGACGCCGUCACGGUGGUUCUCUACAACGCCAUGGUGGCCUUCACGGGCAUGGAGGGCGAGGACAUCGCCUACGACCAGAUCCUGCUGGCCGUGGCCGCCUUCUUCUGCGUGUCGCUGGGCGGCCUGGCCAUCGGCAUCAUCUUCGGCGUGCUCACGGCCGUCAUCACCAAGUACACUCCCGACGUCAGGGUGGUGGAGCCGCUCUCGCUGCUGGCCAUGGCGUACCUGGCCUACCUGUCAGCCGAGCUGGUCCACUUCUCCGGCAUCAUCGCCACCGUCGGCUGUGGAGUGGUGCAGGCGCACUACGCCAUGAAGAACAUCUCCAAAAACUCCUACAUCACCAUCAAGUACUUCGUUACCAUGGCCAGCUCCACCAGCGACACCAUCAUCUUCAUGUUCCUGGGGAUGGUGCUGGUCAGCAAGGAUCACCACUGGCACACUGGCUUCUCGCUGUGGACGCUGGUGCUGUGCCUGGUGGUGCGGUUCAUCGGUGUGUACUUGCUCAGCUGGCUGGCCAACUUCCGCCGGCUGAGGCGCAUCGGUCGGAAGGAGCAGUUCAUCAUGGCGUACGGAGGCUUGCGGGGCGCCGUCGGCUUCUCGCUGGUGGUCAUGCUGCGUGGCUCGGCCAUCGACGAAACCACCGUCCGCAUCUUCGUCACCACCACGCUCUUCAUCGUCCUGUUCACCGUGUUCGUACAGGGCUCGACCAUCAAGCUGCUGGUGGGCCUGUUCAACAUCAAGCUGGAGGAGACUGAGGACCCGACGUUGACCGAGGAGAUCGCCGCCACCACCGUCGACCACAUCACGGCCGGCGUCGAAGAGAUCAUCGGCUACCGCGGCUCCAACUUCUUCAAGGAACGGCUGGAGUGGUUCGACGAGAAGUACCUGAAGCCGCUGCUCAUCAGCGACUCGCUCGACUCAUCACUGGCGCGGCUCUACGACAAGCUGGUGCUAGACGAACACUUCGCCAACCUGUACGGCCCGGCCGCCGCCGUCGAGACGGAGAAGGGCGGCAUGGCGGACAUCGUGCAGCACGAGGCGGACUUCUUCCUGCCGGAGGAGGAUCUGCUGCACCUGAAGCGGCGCUCCAAGGUGCUGCGCGAGUCGAUGCGACGGGACUCGCUGCGAGGCUUCCCGCACCCGCUCAGCAGGGUCGGCUCACUGCGCGACCGGUUCACGCGGCGCUUCUCAUCCACGUCAGUCACGCCGCGUACCGCGGACUCGGAGGGCGGCACCGCGCUCGGCUCCAUCACCGAGCCCACCUCGCCCACCACGCCCUCCUUCAACCCCGAGGACAACUACCGGACAUACCCGCACGACGGCGCGAUGCUGCGCAAGGCCUUCAGGAACAUCCCCUACAACAAGCUGCACUUCCGCUACAACCCGAACCUGAUCGACGAGGAGGACCAGGAGAUGGAGACGCACCUGCGGCGGCGCCGCGCCAACGCGCAACGCUUCAGCCAGCUGGCACAGGUGGUGGCCGCCAAGCAGGCGGACCAGAGCAAGGACCGCGAGCUGCGACGCACCGUCUCAGGCGGCGGGCGCGAGGCGCAUCUGCACAUGCCGGGCGUGGCCGACCUGGUGAUGGCGCAGCGGCGGCGCGCGCUCGAGCGCCAGCGCCAGCGCUACGUGUCGGCGCCGUCGUCAGGCUCGCCGGCGCUGGGGGCCGACGAGGCGGCACUGGGCCCCAUCUCGGAGGAGUCGCUGAGAACCGAGGAUCGCGAGCUGCUGCCGCGCCUGGCGCCGCAGCCGCAGCCGCGCGCUCGGCCCCGCUCCUCCGGCGCCGACGACAACAACGAGGAAAGCCGGGUGUAGGGUCGCGCCGCCGCCGCCGACCCCGCGGCGCCGCGUGUCGCUGCCGACGGCGUGUGGCGGCCGUCCCGUCUCUCCCGACACGCCAUCCGACGCGCUCCGGUCUGGACGUGCGGUGUGGGUAAGAGGGUGGCACGCUCAGUACCGCAACGGCAGGAAGAGGUGCGCGGUCGCUGGUCAGAGCAGACGGAGGACGGGAAGCGUAGGAGGUCGGCCGACCACGUGCCCCUGGCUGGGUUACCAGUCGGAGGGGAUGUCUCUGGAGGUUCGGUCGGACACGACCCGAUCGCUAGUUCUGUGAUGACACGUUCUGGGACUGCUUACGGAAGGUCCUCGGCUUCACUUUUAUUACUCUCCAACCUGCGCAUUGAAUGGCUGAUUUUGUGUGCACUCUGCCUGGUCCGGUUUUGGAGGUGAUCCUGGUUUUCGCACGCUUGUAUUCUCGCCUAUUGAUGAACGUCGUCCAGGAUGUGUUCUUUGGGAUCCCAUGCUGCUGAUUUCGCGCGACAUAAUUCGUUUCUUUGGCACAUGACCUCGACUUCCGUCGUGUCCCUGCCUGCCACUCAUACCGCCCGCUGUUCAGUACGCCCUGUCAUGAUCGAGCUUGGCCACGAUCCCCCGCUGCGCCCGACCUCCUCGCGGUCGCCUGAAGCACCUAUCACUCCGUCCCGGCGGGGGUGCCGCGGUGCCUUGUGCUGCCCGUGCGCCGCCCGCGUCGGCCAGGGCUGCUUACCAGGUCCCGACGGCCGCGGCGGCGUGCGUGCGGGACGCACGGGG